CAUACACUGCUUCGGAGGAGGUGGAAACGGUAGCCGGAAAGGGCCGCCGUUGUCACCUUGGCCAUGGCGGCCGGGCCACCCCCGCCGCUGGAUCCCAUCCCGCUGCCCACGUUCACUGAGGAGGGAUUCGCGGAGAAGUUCCUGCGCAAGACCCGCGAGAACCCCAUGGUGCCCCUCGGCUGUCUGUGCACCGUCGGUGUCCUGGCCUACGGAGUUAUCUGCUUCAAGAAAGGCAACACUCGGCGCUCCCAGCUGAUGAUGCGGGCGCGUGUUGUAGCCCAGGGCUUCACCAUCGCCUCUGUGGUGGGGGGCAUGAUGGCCACGGCAAUCAAAUCCCGACAGUGACAUCGGACAAGAGCGAAGCUGCGGCCACACACGAGCGUCUGCCAGCAGCCUUGGGAGCAGGGUGGAUCCUGCCUGAGGAUGGAGUUUUCUGAGAGACUGUUGUGAUGUCUCGGUGGAGCCAGUUCUGCAGCACUGGAAAUGGGGUGAAUACACUCUGUGAUUAACAUGUAA